GUCGCCUGUCUUGGGGACAUCAAGGGAGGCACGAGUUGGCCCAUAAGCCUGCGCUCCCGAGUCAUCAGUGUCGGACACGUAGUGGGAACGAGCAGGUCCCGAUGCACAAGUCACGGCAACCCUCGGCGGAGAUGAAGGCGGACUCCGACUGGCUCUGAUUUUUUAAAGUCCUUUUCAUUCAGGAGGUUGCUUGCCAAUGGUUAUCGAUAUGGCAGAGCCGUUAUCCCAAGAACCCACCGCUGCAAAAAUGGCGUCACUGAACCGGGUCCGAGCUUUGGCGAUGCUUUUCUUAACUGUCACUGGCUGUUGUGUCACCCCGACAAGUGGCAAGGAAGGGUCCGAGGAGACCGUCAUCAUAGGGCUGCGACUGGAGGACACGGACGACAUUUCCUACAUGGAUCGGGGCUACCUGCGGGUGAGUGAGCGCUCUCGGGUGAAAUUAAGAGUUUACGGGCAGAACAUCAACAACGAGACCUGGUCCAAGAUUUCUUUCACGGAACAUGAGCGCAGCCGGACGGUGGGGAGCCUUGACAGCUCCUCGGGGGAUAACCAGAGCCAAGAGGACUCCUCCAGCAUGCAUCCCUGCGGUAUUAGGACUUCGGAUAUAAUCAUAUUGCCCAACAUCAUUCUGAGUCGAAAAACGUCUGGGAUAGUUGAGAUUGAGGUCAAACCUCUGCGGAAGACGGAGAGGAGUAAAUCGUAUUACCUUUGCAUCGCCACCACGACCCCAGCUGUGGCCGCGAUGCACGACCCGUGGACAGAGAACACCUGGAUCUACCACGACGGGGAUGACACCAAAGUGAUAGUGGUGGAGGAGAAAAAGUUUCUGCUGCCUUUCUGGCUCCAAGUUAUCUUCAUCUCCAUGUUGUUGUGCUUGUCGGGGAUGUUCAGCGGGUUGAACCUGGGGCUCAUGGCUCUGGACCCCAUGGAGCUCCAGAUAGUCCAGAACUGCGGCACGGAAAGGGAGAAGAAUUACGCAAAAAAAAUAGAGCCGGUGAGGAGCCAAGGGAAUUACCUGCUUUGCUCUCUGCUGCUCGGGAACGUGUUAGUGAACACCACCUUGACUAUCCUGCUGGAUGACAUCGCAGGGUCCGGGCUCAUAGCUGUGGUCAUGUCCACCAUUGGAAUAGUGAUUUUUGGAGAAAUCGUGCCACAGGCCAUCUGCUCCAGACACGGCCUCGCUGUCGGCGCAAACACCAUAUUCCUCACCAAGUUCUUCAUGCUGCUCACCUUCCCUGCGUCUUACCCGGUGAGCAAGCUCCUGGACUACCUUCUGGGACAGGAGAUAGGAACCGUGUACAACCGGGAGAAGCUUCUGGAGAUGCUGCGCGUCACGGACCCGUACAACGACCUGGUGAAGGAGGAGCUGAACAUCAUCCAGGGCGCACUGGAGCUCAGGACUAAGACUGUGGAGGACGUGAUGACGCCGCUGAGGGAUUGCUUCAUGAUCCCCGGGGAUGGCACCCUGGACUUCAACACCAUGUCUGAGAUCAUGAAGAGCGGCUACACGCGCAUCCCGGUCUACGAGGGGGAGAGGUCCAACAUUGUGGAUCUGCUGUUUGUCAAGGACCUGGCGUUUGUAGACCCGGAUGAUUGCACCCCGCUCAAAACCAUCACAAAGUUUUACAGCCACCCCUUGCAUUUUGUGUUCAAUGACACCAAGCUGGAUGCGAUGCUGGAGGAGUUUAAAAAAGGAAAAUCCCACCUGGCCAUAGUUCAGAGGGUAAACAAUGAAGGCGAGGGAGACCCUUUCUACGAAGUUCUGGGAAUUGUCACCUUGGAGGACGUCAUUGAAGAAAUCAUAAAGUCUGAGAUUGAUGAAACCGACUUGUACACUGACAACAAGACGAAGAAGAAAAUCACCCAUCGGGAAAGGAAGCAGGAUUUCUCGGCCUUCAAGCCGACCGACAAUGAAAUGAAGGUUAAAAUAUCACCUCAGCUUCUGCUGGCUACCCUGCGUUUCCUAGCAACAGAGAUCGAGCCUUUUUCACCGGUGCAGAUGUCAGAAAAGAUUUUGCUGCGCUUGUUGAAGCACCCCAACGUCAUCCAGGAGCUGAAGUACGAUGAGAAGAACAAGCGGGCAGCAGAGCACUACCUCUUCCACAGGAACAAGCCUGUGGAUUAUUUCAUCCUCGUACUGCAGGGGAGGGUGGAGGUGGAGGCAGGAAAAGAGGGAAUGAAAUUUGAAGCAGGCCCAUUCUCCUUCUACGGGAUGUUGGCUCUGACGGCCUCGCCAGUGCCUCUGUCCCUGUCUCGCACAUUUGUGGUCAGCCGGGCUGAAUCAUUAGCAGGAUCUCCAGAAAAUAAAUCCCCUCCUCGGCCGUUUGGACUCAACCACUCAGACUCUCUGAACAGGAGUGAUCGGAUAGAUGCAAUCACCCCAACUCUCGGCAGCAGCAACAACCAGCUCAACUCUUUCCUGCAGAUCUACGUACCCGACUACUCAGUCAGAGCGCGCUCAGAUCUGCAGUUUAUAAAGGUAACACGUCAACAGUACCAGAACGCAGUAAUGGCCUCACGUAUGGACAAAACGCCGCAGUCAACAGACAGUGAGUUCACUAAAAUCGAGCUCACACUGACGGAGCUACACGACGCAGUGGAGCCUCCCACUGUGGUCACAUCCACAGCCAGCACCACCACCACCACUCCUGCUGUGUCAGUAGUCGUGGCCAAUGAGACGUCCCACCUGCUCAACCAGCAGCAGAACUGUGUGGGCCUCAGCAGGAGCAACCACAGCACCCACAACGAGGGACCCAUCUAGCCCCCGCUGAGCCUGGUGGAGACCCAAACCCUCCACCCUGUCUCAUGGACACACACAUGGAGCAGUGGCAAAGAUGGAGAUGAGGGAAAGUGGGGAAGCGGAGGCAGGUGGAGUGAAGGUUCCACUCCAACCAGUAGUCCCCAGCCAGUCAGUGACACCCUUUCAUGGAGGGGCGGGGGGAGAACGGGUGCUGCGUCACCCUGGACUCCCCCACCUGAACGCUGUCAGAAUCCCUGCUGUAUACACGCUCUUACAGAGGGGGCCCUUGGACAGUUCCUGUGACUGAGCUUCCUUUUUGGGACAAUCAGACACUUUCUUUGUGGUGACUUGGACUAGAGGAUGACAGGGUGCAUGCAAGCCCAGUCCCUUUGCCCUACAUACACAAACAGCUCAAAUACACACUCAAAACAUAACACCACACCUGCUGUGUUUUCUCUCCAGGCCAAAGACUUUGGCCCCCCCUUCCUUGACUGGACAUAGACAAUUUUAUGGACAUGAACACGUCAAAUAUCUUAAAGCAGUCACAUUCCCAAACACAUGCACACACACUAACACACACAAAUUCAACUCCCCCACCUGUACAUCUUUCAGGGAGGCUCAGUCGACUGUUGAUCCCAUCAGCAAAGACUCAAACCCAAACAAGCAGAGAGCGACGGUUGGUCAAAGACUGCACCAAAAACCACUUUGAAAUAACUCCUUAAACCACGAACCAAGAAUGUUUUUCUGUAUUUAUUUAUUUUAUAAUGUUGUAUGUAUAUACGUAUGCGAGGAGACAUGAUAUAAAAUAAACUGGCAUACAAGCAUGCAUGAGCAUGUACACAGAGGUGUGCACGGGGCACACGUGUCAUAUCACAAAGGACAUGCUACAUAUAUGGAGACGAACAUCCAUUCAUGUAUAUGAGGAGGGGAGGGUCUUUUACAGAUACAGUAUGUAUAUUACAGAUCUUGUUAUUUUUACUAUUAUCCUAAAUCAGGCUUAUGGUACUCUAUCUUUUUCACCUUUUAAAAAAAUCACACUAUUGCCUUUAAGAGAAAUCAUAUAAUUAAUUAUUUUAACAAAGUGCAAUGAAACAAUUUAUUUAAGAGAUGAUUAUGAAUAAAAGAAAUUACUGUAUUAUUAAUUGACAGAUAUAUUUGUAUGUAUGUACUGUAUGUAUAUUUGUUUUAAAAAUUGCUGAACAGCAGCCAUCUACUAGCAAAAUUGUCCUUAGCCAGUUAGUCCCUGUCUCUGUCUCUCUUUCUGUCUUCUGUCUGUCUUUAUGUCUUUCUAUGUUUUUGCAUUCUUUGACCUCAAACAAAUGUCUAAUGUAUGUUCAUAUGGGAAUCAUGAUGCCUGGACCAUCACAGGAGUGAGGGAGGGGGGAGGUUCGAGUGGUGAAAGUGCCAACACACCACCUAUGCAUGGGUCGGUUAUGUGUCCUACAUUUUUAUUUUUAUUUUUUUUGCCAAUUUUACACGUAAUCAAACUUGAUAAUUGCACAGUAUUAAUGACCUCAUCUAACAUGUUGAGCAUCAUCAACGUCACAAAAAGUAACCUCGACAUUAAACAUGUCCAUGAAUGAUACACAGCUAUGCUUCCCCACUGUUUAUGUGUUUUAUUGUUUUGCAUGCGUGGUUCCUGCAUGUGUUUCGACCCUGAAGUCAGUCCAGUAAGGUUUGUUUGAACGUUCAUAUAAAGAGACUACACUUAAACCUGAUUUUGCUCCCCCACACAAUAUACUUUAUAUUCUAUGAUUAAUAAUUCUGCAGUCAAUUUUGAGCAGUCAGAAUUUUGAAUGUUGGCUGCUGUUGUAGAGAGAUAUUUAAACUGAUUGUAUUUUAGCCUAUAGAAACACUGAAGCCUUGACAUUUAUUGCUUUUACAACUUUAAGAGAAAAGUGUAACAUUUUGGAAAAUACACUCAUCUGUAGUCCUGCUGAGAACUAGAAGAGAAGACACCACUACUUUCACUUUUCUACACUGAAUAUGAAGUUACAGCUAGCAGCUGGGUUACCAAGCGUUUUCCAAAGGUUGUUAAUAACCUUUAAAGCUCAUUUACUCAUUUACAAACUACUCCCAGAAGUUCACCGCUCCAGGCCGAGAUCCACAGCUUAUUUUUCUACACUCCUUGUCAGCUGUGUUAGCACCACGCAUAAUUUUGCCUCUUUUUGGGGAUUAUUUUUUGGGGGAAAUUAUUGCGACUGUCUGAGUGGCUAGAGUGCCUUAAUUUUUAUACAUCAAACAUUGUUUUGUUUCCCUUUCAUGUUUUUAUUUUAAAGCUAAGCUAAUAGCUCAUUACUUCAUUCUUAUAUUUGGUACAAAGAUAUGAGUUGCAUCCCUCUUCUCAAAACAAGAGAGCUUAAGUGUAAAUGUUUUUUAAAGGUCUUUUUUUUGCUUUAGUACCUUCUUGCCUUCAGUGUGUUACCUCAUUAAGACAUGAAAUAGUCCUCAGAACCUGUGUAUGUGCUUAAUGGUUCAUUGACAAAAGUCUCAGAGCAGAUAGUUCUGUUAACUUCACAUAUUUAAGGACAUAGUUGUAGUUUGUUAACUGUUAGAUAACUUUGAUUCAUGGUCCAGGCCUGUAUUUUAAACUUGUAUGUACUGUAUUCAGGCAGGUCUCUUGCCAGCCUACAGGCGACAUCAGUGUGUCCUAAAGCUGAAUGCUAUUGUUCUAACAUGUAGUUGCAAUCUUGAACCACCGGUAGUCGCUGUUUGCAUAUUCAAACUAACAUGCAACAGUCAGAAAACAGAACACAGCCCCUCAAUCUGCUCAGAAGGGCCUCUUGGUUGUGUAACCAGACACAGAGGACGAUUGCAUUGUUUGCAGCUGUGUUCGCUGUCGUUAUAUUGUUUACUUGAAACUGCUCCUAUGCAGUAGGCCCACUCUGCUCAGCAGGAACAAUCACUCCAGAGAUGAAGCAGUGAAUGAUGAUCAGAUUGUAGAACUGUGCUUGUGACAUUCAUACUCUGAUUUGCUUUGUGAGCCAGAGGACACCAGUGCCUGACAGGGGGAGAAGAAGUGCGGUGACAUUUCAAAAGGUCCAAAUGUAAAACAGGAAGCACAGAGGAAUGCAUCCACUGAGACCAAGUUAGUCCAACAUUCAGUCAUACACCCCUUAAAGAAGUUCUCUAUCAUUUGAUUCUCACACAGCUGUAUCCUCAUGUGAACACAUCUUCCUUCCAUUAGGCUUUGUGAAUGCUUUUGGCCUGUUUUUGGUCUUUUGUCAAUGUCAGUGCUGCUACUCUAACCGUGUGCUGUCCAUAAUGCUUCCUCUACCUGAGGACAACAUUCCCAUUGCCUCCACCAGCUGGUGGUUUAAUAAAAAAAGUGAAUGAUUAACAGACUCACAGUUGGUGACUUCAUGUACUCUAAACUCUGCUUCUUCUAGAAGUUUUCAUGUGAGAUGUUUUGUUUGAUCAUAGACACGAGAAGCUGUUCAAUGAAAGCAUGAUUCUGUGUAAAGCUGUUUGCACACUGUGUCGUCACCUACUCCAGACUGGUUGCAUUAACAAUUCAUGUGAGAAAUGUGACUUUUUAAUGAAGAAAUGAAACCAUCUUUCUUUAACAUGUCCUGUGUUGAGUCAGUAAACUGUUACAUUCAUCCCUUUUAGCACAAUGUCAUUUUUUAAAUGACUCAUCUGAUCUGUUCUGACCAUUAGCUUACUGAAGCUACAUUUAGCUGAUGAUAUCAGACUUUAAUCUUUGAUUACUACCGACAUGUAAUUUUUUUUACUUUGACUCUUUUAUACUUUUUUAUGCUUCAUUUUAAUAUUUAUGACUGCAGUCUUUAACAUUUGUCACAUUGUGUCCUAUUGGCUGCUGUUCAGCUGAAGAUACAGAGCUCUGCUGUAUGCAAAGAUGCAGUAAAGCCUGUUGAAAUAUUGAAGGGGAGUCGAGCCACACCCUCUUUCUUUUUAAUUUUUAACCUUUUCUUUAUUCUGAGAAUUGUGGCGUCUGUAGUGUCACAGUUCUGACUUUAUUCUCAGAAUUCAGAUUGGUCAUCAUUUCAUCCUAACCUUGCUGCUCCUCAGCCACAUCUUAAUCGUACAGCCUCCAUGCCUGUAUUAGAAUGUAGCAGCUGGUUUGUGGUCUUUUUUACAAGGAGCACAUGCAAUAAAUGAUGCUGAAAAACUA